AUGAAGUACCUCAUUUACGAGGUUGGCGAUCCUUUCAAGAACUUUAGACGUAGUAGACUCUGGGGCGAUCAUUUGCAACAAAGCCUUAUGGAUCGACUCUCCCCGUCAACUCAAUGCAAGCUUGCAGCUCUGCGGACAACGGAUGAAGAGCACUUGCGACGUAUUGGGGCCUUGGACUUCCCCGAAGCCUCGCUUAUUGACGAGUUAAUCAAGGUCUUCUUCGACCAUGUGUACCCCUUCUUUCCAAUUUUUGACAGAGCGGGAUUCUCCGCUGCGUACAAACGGGGUCAAAUAUCACCGCUGGUACUAAAUGCGUUGUUCUGUGUCUCAGCUAUCCACUGUCCUGACGAACUGACGAGAAGACUCGGCUACGGCUCUCGCUACAUUACUUGCUCGACGUUCUAUCGUCGUGCCAAGGCCCUCCACGACGCCAAUUACGAGACCGAUGGUAUAGCUAGUAUUCAAGCAUACAUCUUACUAAUGAACUGGUGGCAAGGUCCAAUGGAGCAGAAAGACACCUGGUACUGGUUGGGAGUGGGCUCCAACCUGGCUCAGGCACUUGGUAUGCACAGAGCGAAAUCUUACCAGAUUCUUGACGACAAGCGUCAGAAGCUCUGGCGCAGAAUUUGGUGGGUGCUGUUUAUCAACGACAUUCACCAUGCCGCUGUUUUUGGUCGUCCACCACAUAUUCACUCCCAGUAUACCGAUGUUCAGGCUCUUCUUCCUGAAGACAUGGAGAUAUCGGAGCCUGCCAACAACAAUUCUGAGGAGUCCAACUCCUUCCUGACUCAGUACUGUCAACUUGCAAUUUUGGUCGACAAAUGUCUCAUCGCGAAGUACUCUGCAGCUUCAAGCCCGGACAUGAAAAGCGAAGCUCGGCUGGCACUGAAGGAUUUUUGUGAAACACUCUCCGCCAACAACACUAAUACCACCGGAUCUUUGACCACCGAGCGAGGCUUCUAUCCUGCCUUACUUAAUCUAAUCUAUCUCGACUACUCAAUCGUAGUCGAGCGAAUGUUGUUGUCCGACACGAACGUUCCAGCUUCUACAGGAAUGCAAUCGUAUUUCAAGUCUGCAGGUUCGAUCUGCCAUUUGCUGGAAGAUCUGUUAUCGAGUCCUUCGGUCUUGGUGGCUCGACUCCCGUACGUCGCGUUUCCGGCAAUUUUUUGUUCGAUACUCGUCCAUAUCAUCUUUCUGCGGAAGCAAUCGGGUAACAUCCGCCUGGUAGCAGAGAGCCGAGCUCGACUAGCAAUGCUUGUUCUGGAUCAGUUGCAAGAUAGGUGGCCGUUUGUUGUAUGGACGCGCUAUCUGCUUGAUGUGCUUCUAAAGAAUACUGAGCCGCCAGCACUAUCAUCCUCGGAACAUGGCCAACAUGACGAGAUCCAUCGAUCAUCAGAACUCACCAAUCAUUCAGGGACAGAAGAUGAUGCACUAGGGCUUGCUUCGUUGCCUCCGUAUCUUCCAAAUGUUGCCGACCCUACUAGGAGCACAAAUCUAAGUGCAACUCCACAGGAUACGCAUUCUGACCAACACGAUCACUUGAGAUUCGACACUGGCAUGGACGGAACUUUCUCUCCAAUCCCUUUCAUGUAUCCUUGGAAUAGCUUGCUCGAGGAUGUUACAGAGCUUGAUCAAUGGCUCGUAUGA